CAUGUGAUGACAAAUAUUAAAAGAUAUGCGUGUAAUGUGUUUGCUUGUGUCUUAAUUUGCCACUUACCCACGGUGGCAGGCACACUCGACGCUUGCGUCAGUUGUGCGCACUGACGCGCAGGAGAGGGAGAUAGAGCUAGAGGAGCUGGAUGUUGUUGAAGAAGAUAGUAACUGUUGGAUGAUGCCGCUUCACGGGAAUCGGAAUACGGAACGCUGUUCUCUCCAGAACAUGACGUGACUAUCACAGUACCUGUGGACUACGUCGUUUUGGAGCGCAACAACACCUUUGGAUGGUCUCUGAAAGGUUGGGUCUCAGCGAGGGACCUUCUUCAAAGCUCAGCGAGUCACACACUACACGAGUCCUUCAGGAUAUGGAGAUUUCGCCUGAUUAAGGCUCGUUUUUGGACACCCAAAGAAGUCUUGUGAAGCUUUUUGGAUCAUAUUGUGAUUUUUGUGGGAGUGAAGAGUACAUUCGAGUCCCAGUAAGCAGGAUCCACUGAAUGAGGGAAGGAAGGAAGGAGUGAGGCCAGAGAAGAAGUGAUGGGCAGAUGACUGAGCUUCUCCAAAACUGCUGAAUGCACAAAAUAUUUGGAUAGGAGGAAUUGUGACGUCUGCCACAGGACCUGGUGUGUGAUGCUGUGUCCCUUCCUCUCACUCCUGGAGACAUGCCCGUGCAGGAAAUGGCGGUGAGCCCUGUCAAGUCCCUCUACUGGGAGCAGUUUCCCCCCAUGUCCCAGCGUAGAGUCUACAGCACCCCCGUCUACCACGAGGGCCUGCUCUACGUGCUGGGCGGCUGCAGUGAGACCGGCACACCCCUGGACAGUGUGGAGGUCCUGGAUGUGGAGAGUCAGACUUGGAGCCAGCUGCCACCGCUCCCUACGGCUAGGGCGGGGGCUGCCGCCGUGGUACUGGGGGGGCAGGUUAUGGUGAUGGGGGGCAUGAAUCAACAACAGACCCCUUUGGCUUCAGUGGAAAUGUAUCACCCAGAUGAGGGCAAGUGGGAACCAAAAGCCAGCCUGGGGCAGCCCUCCAUGGGUGUCACCACCGUGCAGAAAGAUGGCAAGGUGUACGCACUGGGAGGUAUGGGAGCAGACAUCACGCCACAGGCCAUGGUGAGAGUUUAUGAGGCAGAAAAGGACCAGUGGCAACCGCUCACCUCCAUGCCCACGCCGCGUUAUGGAGCCACGCCCUUUGUAAAAGGAAAUAAAAUCUAUAUCAUGGGCGGUCGUCAAGGAAAGAUGCCGGUGACGGCACUUGAGGCGUUCGACCUGGAGAUGAAGAGCUGGACACGCUACCCCUGUAUCCCGAGCCGGAGGGCUUUUUCAUGCUGUGCUACAAAUGAGCGGAGCCUCUUUAGCCUGGGGGGGCUCCAGCAGCCGGGGCCGCACAACUUCUACUCCAGACCUCACUUUGUCAGCACCAUGGAGGAGUAUGAUCUGGAUCAAGGUAUAUGGAUGAAGCCAAGUCGAAUGUCAAGGAUGCGGGAGAAGAGGGCUGACUUUGUAGCAGGAUGUCUAGGAGGACGGGUCAUUGUGGCUGGCGGUCUAGGUAACGAGCCCUCACCCUUGGGCUCCGUGGAGAGCUACAACCCAGUAAGGCGACGUUGGGAAUACGCGGUGCCCAUGCCCACCCCGCGCUGCUCGUCUGCGCUCCUGCAGACCCCCGGCAUGCUCUUCAUCAUUGGCGGAGUGUCGCAGGGGCCAAGCAACGCCGUGGAAGCACUCUGCUUACAAGAAACAGUGUGACAAUAACGCAACAGUUGAUGAUUUAUUCUUGGAAAGAAGCCACAUCACACAGCGUGGACGUAGAAGGUGUUACCCACAUGAUGGUACACACGUUUUGUUAAAGACACCAAAAAAGGCAUCUUUAGUAGAUAUUUGCUGACGGAGCUACACGGACAAAUGCAAACACAGCCUGAAUUGUUGGGAUUGACGGCGAGACAGUUUGUCUUCUCUGCAGAAGAUGCACAAAAACAAGCAAAAAAAAAAUAGACACACAUAACGGUGUACUAAGAAAUCACAUGCCUUUGAACUGUUGAGCAUUUUUUCAGAAUAAAAGCAGGGUACUUUUGUGGAUAUUCUAAAAGGAACAUAGGGCCAUAUAUGAGUCACGCUCUCUGCUGCUGCUGCUGUGGCAUUUUUUUCUGUAACACUGUUUUUUCUUAAGGUGGUUGAAGGCUCUAGUUUCUGUUUGGAGGUUAGCAUCGCCGAGGAACACAGUGUCAACGUCAGAGGAUGUCGGCAGCCUGGAUGAGCAGCGCCCUUGGGCAAGGCAAAAUUUGUUAUGUUUCGCUGCAAAAUGGCUCCUUUAAUAGUAAAGGUUGUCGACCCCUUGUAACGGCCUUUGUUAGGAUUCUGAUGGACAAAAGAAUGAAAAUAAAGUUCUUUUUCCUCCACUUCUGCACCCCUCGUCAAUGCCAAUCACGUUGUGUGGCAAAGAGAGGAAGUGCUACCAGAGCUGGGGAUGCAACUACGGAAGUAGAAGUGAAAGGAUAAAAUAAGCACACAUACAAAGAAAGCAAUGAAAAUAGAGUAAACAAGAUAAGAAAAAUAAAUAACUCAUUGAGAUAAAAUUCACACAAUAACUAAAUAAUAAUAAAUUCACACAUUUAGAAAAUAAAAAAUUAAGUGCAUUUUUAACUCCGUUACACCCUGACUUAAACAGGAACCGCAUUUUGAAGAAAAUUGCAAUUGCAAAUAUACAAUACAUCAUGCCACUGUGCAUGUCUCAAUAUAAUAAAGUAGAAACAUGUGAUCAAAAGUUAUAUGAAAUAUUGCAGUGGUAUAUCAAUACAACUACAGUAAACCUCGGAUAUAUCGGAUUCAAUUGUUCCCACUGGUUUUGUCCGAUAUAAGCGAAAUCCGUUAUAUGCGUAUACCGGAAAAUGUCCGUUUUACGCAUAUAUCGGAUUUAUCGGUAUAUGCGUAAAUCGGAUUUUAUCCGAUUAAUGGAAAUGCAUUGGAACGGGACUGGAGAUUAGGCGAAACCCAUUAUAAAAAAUCCGAUAUAUGCAAUGAUUUUUUUAUUGGAAAUGCAUUACAGAAAAAUUGGUUCUUUUUUAUCUGUCCGUUGUGAGCGAAUUUCCGAGUCCGAUAUAUCCGAGGUUUACUGUACUAUUUUUAGUUUCUAAAAAAAAACACCACUGCUGAAAUCACAGUUAGACAACAUGCUAUAUAACGUUACUGUGUUAUGGUAUAAGCAGCCAUCUUUACACAGAUGACAAUCAAAUGUUGUUUUUUUAGCAUUUUUUUAUUGAUUUUUAAGCUGCAGCAUUAUAAUACAACACAUUCAACCAUCACCGCGGACAAGUUGUACUUCCCCCCCCUCCUUGGUUUAAUGAACGCCAAGAACACAGUGAAUUUAUUACCUCAACUUGACACGUUUUGAAAUAGAAAUCAUGUCAAGGUGAUGCAACCUGGGCAACCUUCUGAAGCGUGAAAUUACUUUGAACAAGACACUUGUUGGCAUUGUUCCUUAUUUAUGGACAGGCAAUCCCACCAUUUUGAUCCGUUGCAUCACUCCAUCUUUGUCUUUUUCCCGAUCCAAUAUGUAGUACAUAGUAAAUUCUCCUUGCCUCUCUCACGCACCCCCCCUGGCACUUCACCGGGCCCGCUCCACUUUUUGAGAAACACUGCCUUAGUGAGCGUGUUGCAGCUCAGAUAGAAUGCCAAUUGGUUCUUUGUGGUCGUACAUAAUGUUUAUUAUUAGACCAGCCAUCUGGUGGUUGUGCAGUGUCCCCCCUCUGCUUAAAAGAAUCCCUCAAAAGAGUUGUAUUGAGUAGUACUGAUCCUUUCCUUUUGUGUGUGUGUGUGUUGUUUUUAAAAGCCACAGUGGGUCCAUGUUCCAUCCAUGUGGGGUUACUCCUACCAUUGAUGUACAACUGUGAUUUUCAUAGCUAGCGGAGAAUAAAGGAGAGCUUGAGGAUGAUUCAUGUGUAGCAAGUUGAUAGAAGCCAAUUACAUGCUGGGGCGUUUAGGCCGACCACGGGAGGAUGAUGUUGCACACAGGGCUGCAUCAAUGUCAACGUGCAUGUAAAUAUAGACAGAAGUCAGAAGUCAGAAUGAAACACUAACCCACUCUCAUGACAGGAACUUCAGUAUACAUUUUGUGUUUGUGACAUAUUUGAAUGUUUGAAGCGGGUUCAACCUGGGACGAGUAUGCACAUAUUUGAUAUUCGUGAAAAUUGGUAUACAUGGUGGGAGGAAACCAGAGUACCUGGAUAAAGCCCAAGCACACACUGCCACCUAUGGUACUGGAGUGGAAUUGUUACAAGGACAUUUGCUAUUGUAUUAUAUUACAAUAAUACAAUAGGGAUACUACCUAGCACACACACACACACACCUAACCACUCUUAUUUGUGAAGACAUCAAGUGGAAUUGAGUAAGGUGAUGCAUUGCAGCAUUUUGGGGAGGGGGGUGCCAAAGUGUUGUUUUUUUUUUUUUUUGCAUAGGGCCCAGCAUUUCUGGCCCCUGCAAUGCAGCAAAUGGUUCCCCAGCAUAUCAGCAUAUAUCAUUACCUACACCAAACAGUCAGCUCUCAACUAAAAAGGACAGACGGAGAAUGUUGAUGCAUAUGUGAUGUAUCAGCGUUUUUGCCUGUGCUGUGUUAUUCUUUCAUUUAUUUCUUGCACAUUUAUAUGUUUGUGUCGGAAAAAGUUCAGUGCAGGUAGCAUCGAUAUGUUCCUCUAACAUUUUUGGUCAAAAAAAAGACCAUGAUUUGAUAGAUGAGGAUGUUUUUUUUGUGUGUGUGUGUGUUAUUUUGUGUUGUGGAUUCAGGUUGUGAGGUGACACGUUUAGUGUGAUGUUGUUCAGAUCUGGUUCCUAAGUGCUUAAUUUAUAAGGGGGGUGUAACGGUACGUGAUAAUCUCUGUUUCAGGGUAUCUCGGUUUGAAGGUUUGACAGUUUGGUUCGUUUUGUAACAAUAACACUUGGAAAAGUGCAGCAUUAAUAAUUCUAUCUUGUAGCCGCGCCACACUACAUUGAUUUUAUCCACUUUAAUGACGGAAGAGGAUUUUCAAGCUCAAGUCACUAUUACUUGUUGACAACGUAGAUACAUGACGAUAUCGAGAGGCAGUUACAUGUCCUGUGCAUCAAUUUUAAUAUGACAAAAUCAAGCAUACAUGUACCGAUACACCCCAUGUUAUUUUCAUGUUUGGACACAUUUUGGGAAAUAAGAACAAAGAGUCAUCCUAUUGUGAUUUAUUUCUCGUGCUGUACUGUGCUUUCUACAGUGAUGAACAUGACGGCUUAUUGCUUCAUGCACAACAGUGAAGUGUUGCUUUGUGUGUGUGUGUGUGUGUGUGUAUGGAGUUUUCCAAAAAUGACAUAAGUGAGAUCAUUCUACUAUUGUUUAUGUUGUGUUACAAUGCUUUCCUGCCAAUGUACUGUGUAUUAUAAUGAUAUUUGGUCAUUGUUGGUACACUGAAUAUUUUGUCAUACUGAAAAAGUACCUUCACUUUUAAGAGCUAUUUAUAAAUGCACAAACCCCCACUAAGCAUCACCGCCAAAAAUAUCUCCAAUAUCUCAU